AGCGUCAUGCACAAGUACCUUGAGAAAAACGGCGAUGUAACAUUCGAUAAAAUAUUCAAUCAAAAACUAGGAUUUCUUACCUUUCGUGAUUUUUGCGAGAAUGUCUGUGAUGAAUCUGUGCCGCAGCUCAAAUUCUACGAAGAGAUAAAGCGCUAUGAGAAACUUGAAACUGUGGAAGAAAGGAGGCAAGCGGCACGAGAAAUAUAUGACAAUUUUAUAAUGAAAGAACUUCUUUCUCAUACGCAUAAUUAUUCUAAAGACUCUGUAAAUUAUGUACAAAAAUACCUGAUGCGAAACGAAGUUCCGGUGACGCUCUUCCAACCGUACAUUGACGAAAUUUACAGCCACCUCAGAGGGGACAUUUUCCGAAAGUUUAUUGAAAGUGAUAAAUAUACCCGUUUUUGCCAAUGGAAGAACCUCGAGUUGAACAUACAGCUCACUAUGAACGACUUUAGCGUGCACCGAAUCAUUGGCAGAGGAGGCUUUGGCGAGGUGUACGGCUGUCGGAAGGCCGACACAGGGAAAAUGUACGCAAUGAAGUGUCUCGAUAAAAAGCGCAUCAAAAUGAAACAGGGAGAGACGUUGGCGCUGAACGAACGUGUGAUGCUCAGUCUGGUGUCCACCGGAGAGGACUGUCCCUUCAUCGUCUGCAUGACCUACGCCUUCCAAACGCCUGACAAGCUGUGCUUCAUACUCGACCUGAUGAACGGCGGCGACCUUCACUACCACCUCAGUCAGCACGGAGUUUUCACCGAACAUGAGAUGAGAUUCUACGCAGCAGAGGUCAUCCUCGGUCUGGAGCACAUGCACCGGCGUUUUGUCGUCUACAGAGAUUUAAAGCCUGCAAACAUUCUUCUCGACGAGCACGGUCACGUGCGAAUAUCUGAUCUCGGUUUAGCGUGUGACUUUUCAAAAAAGAAGCCUCAUGCAUCAGUAGGCACACACGGCUAUAUGGCGCCCGAAGUGCUGUCAAAGGGCACAGCUUAUGAUUCCAGCGCUGAUUGGUUUUCUCUAGGAUGUAUGCUCUACAAAUUACUCAAAGGGCACAGUCCAUUUCGCCAGCACAAAACAAAGGACAAGCAUGAGAUCGACCGAAUGACGUUGACAAUGAACGUCGAACUUCCGGAUUCUUUUUCAACUGAGCUUAGGACACUUCUCGAGGGACUGCUUCAUCGAGAUGUCGACAAGCGACUCGGCUGUCGAGGAAGAGGAGCUGACGAAGUGAAGGAGCACCCCUUCUUCAAGGGCAUCGACUGGCAGUUGGUGUACCUGCAGAAGUACCCACCGCCCUUAAUUCCACCGCGAGGUGAAGUGAACGCCGCCGACGCCUUUGACAUUGGCUCUUUUGACGAGGAGGACACCAAAGGCAUCAAACUGAGUGACAGCGACCAGGACCUGUACAAGCACUUUCCCGUUGUGAUCAGCGAACGGUGGCAGCAGGAGAUUUCUGAAACGGUCUACGACGCCAUCAACUCGGAGACGGAUAAGAUUGAGCUGAAAAAGCGUGCCAAGUUAAAGAACAAGUUUGAAGAUGAAAAAGAGAGCGACUGCAUUCUGCAUGGCUACAUCAAGAAACUGGGUGGACCCUUUGCCAGUGCCUGGCAGAACCGAUACGCCAAGCUGUAUCCCAAUCGACUGGAGUUGCACUCGGACUCAUCCAGCACUAAACCAGAGCUCAUCUUUAUGGACCAAAUCGAGGGCAUCUGCUCUGACUACGUGCAAGUGAAGGGCGAACAAACGAUUGUCCUCAAAAUGAAGGGCAUGGAAAGAGAAAAGGAUGCUCGCAUUGUACUCACCAAUACGGAUGAAAUUGGCCUCCGGGAAUGGCUGCAGUCGCUAAAGUCCACCCACAAGGACUCCCUCGAGAUGCUGUCAAACAUUGCCAAGAAAGCGACCAAAAUCUACGGCGCCGAGAACCGCACUCUGGCCAUCAUCACUGGCCAUUCUCCCAUUGCACUGAUAUCUUCCCAUGUCUCUCACCUCUUCACCUGUACUAUAAAUAAACACACACUCUUUUGA